GAUUACUAUGGCAAAGAGCUGCAGAAGACGGAGGACCUGAAAACCAAUGCAUGCAUCACCUUGAGCAAGCCCGUUCCCAGGGCGGUGAGAGAUGCCUUGGAGUGUGUCCACAAGGAGGUGGUGGCCAAGUACUAUGGCUGCGGUCUGGUGGUCCCCGAGUGCCUGGCAUCGUGCCGGAUUCUGGACCUGGGUAGCGGCAGUGGCAGAGACUGCUACCUGCUGAGUCAGCUGGUUGGGGAGCAGGGCCAUGUCACCGGCAUAGACAUGACCGAGGGCCAGGUUGAGGUGGCGAAGAAGCACAUUGCCUACCACAUGGAGAAGUUUGGCUACCGAAAGCCAAAUGUGGAUUUCCUCCAGGGCUACAUGGAGAAGCUGGGUGAUGCCGGGCUGGCUGACAGCAGCUACGAUGUUGUCAUCUCCAACUGUGUGAUCAACCUUGCCCCUGACAAGAGGGCUGUGCUGCAGGAGGCCUACCGCGUGCUGAAGCCUGGAGGAGAGAUGUACUUCAGUGAUGUCUAUGCUAGCCAGCGCCUGAGCGAGACCGUCCGGAAGCACAGGGUGCUGUGGGGAGAGUGCCUGGCAGGAGCCCUGUACUGGAAAGACCUGUACAGCAUCGCUGAGGAGGUGGGGUUCAGCCCCCCGUGCCUGGUCACUGCCAGCCCCAUUACCAUCGGUGACAAGGAGCUGGAAAGCAUCAUUGGUGACUGCCGCUUUGUCUCCGCGACUUUCCGCCUCUUCAAGGUGCUGGGUAGUGGCCAGGCCGGGCCAGGCCAGGUCGUCUACAAUGGUGGGAUCAUGGGCCAUGAGCAAGAGCUGGUGUUUGAUGCCAACUUCACCUUCAAGGAAGGAGAGGUGGUGGAUGUGGAUGCCGAGAUGGCUGCGAUCUUGAGGAGCUCCAGGUUCGCAGAGAAGUUCCUGAUCCAAGCUGGUGCUGCACCACAGGGCUGCAGUUGCAAGGGGGUCAAGGAGAAGAUCCGUGAUCCCUUCCAGCUGCUGGAGCAGCUAUCAGUCUCACGUCCUGCCUGCUGUCCUGUCUGA